ACCCCUCAAUCAACCACCGCCUCCAUCUACUACUCAUCCAAUCCAAUCCUAUCCCAUCUCCUCUUAAAUACAUAGCAAACAGGCACAAAACCACACAUUUUUAAAUUCAUCAGCUAGUGAAUUAAGCUCGAAUUAAUCCUAUCCUAGCUAGCUUUCUUCCUAUCUCUACGUAGUAGCAAGCAUAAAUGCAAUUCAUGAAGCCGCUCCUCCUCGCCGUUGCCGUCGUCGUCGUCGCUGCGGCGGCGGUAGACGCCGGCGUCGGCGGCAGCGGCGUUGGCGUGUUCAAGGCUGCGGAAGUGCAAACGCUAACGCUGCCGCUGCGGCGGGUGGCCGACGUGGAGGACGUGGUGAGCUUCGUCGAGGAGGAGGAGCAGGCGGCGGCGUACCCGCGGAGGAGGGUGCUCUACGACGCCCGGUACGCCAGCUACAACGGGCUCGCGGAGAACAAGGCGGCGUGCUACGGCUCCUGCCCCGGCAGGGGCCAGCCGUACAGCGGCCGCGGCUGCCAGAGCAUCUACCAGUGCAACGGCGGCUGAAGCUAGGUUCCUGCUGCAUCUGCAUGUGCAUCCAUGGCGCCGCGGCCGGGGAAGAAGAUGCGGCGAGCGAUCGAAGAGAUAUGUGUGUUCAUCUACUAACUGUUUGUUGUUCAAGUGAUACUUAAUUGUGAAUCUGUAUAAUUGAUGACUUUGUGUUAACCGUCGUUUAAAUGUAUUCCCUCGGUUCCACGUUAUAAGAUUUUCUGGCCCUAUCUAGAUUCUUAUAUGUGCUAAUAAAUCUAGACACAUGUACAAACUAUAUACAUUAAUGAAUAUAGAUAAAUUCAAAAGUCUUACAAUAUAGAACGGAGAGAGUAUAAUGUAGGUGUUUGUAUCGAAUUUAUGCCCAUAUAUAGUUUGAUAGCUAGUUUGAGCGUGAGAUACAAUGUAUAUCCUGGAUACAUGAUUCAUUGUACGUUUGUUCGAUGAAUUAUUGGGAAGAAAUUUAUUAACCAAUGAAUAAAACGAAG